UCACUUCCAGACUUGGAGAGCGCUCAACGCGAUAUUCACUUCCAGACUUGGAGAGCGCUCAACGCGAUAUUCACUUCCAGACUUGGAGAGCGCUCAACGCGAUAUUCACUUCCAGACUUGGAGAGCGCUCAACGCGAUAUUCACUUCCAGACUUGGAGAGCGCUCAACGCGAUAUUCACUUCCAGACUUGGAGAGCGCUCAACGCCUUGUAGACGCCCCUCUGAAUAACUGGGCGUGGUUUUGGCUUAACUGUGUUGGGAGAAAGAAAGGCGCCCUACGCUUCAUCUGUACAGUGUUAGCUUGGCCGUUUGCUAGCACAGAAGCAAAGAUGAGUCAAGAAAUGAAGCACGAGGCAUCCCAACUGAAUGGGACCCCGGCCUCUGAUUCUGCUCAGACGAAAAAGCGUGAGGACUACCUGGAGUGGCCUGAAUAUUUCAUGGCUGUAGCCUUCCUGUCAGCUCAGAGAAGCAAGGAUCCCAGCUCACAGGUUGGAGCAUGUAUUGUUAACCGGGAGAAUAAGAUCGUGGGCAUUGGCUACAACGGCAUGCCCAACGGCUGUGAUGAUGACCUGCUGCCCUGGUCCUGCUCUGCCAAAGACAGACUGGAUACCAAAUACCCCUACGUGUGCCAUGCGGAGCUGAAUGCGAUCAUGAAUAAGAACUCAGCGGACGUGAAGGGCUGUUCCAUGUACGUGGCUCUGUUCCCCUGCAACGAGUGUGCCAAGCUCAUCAUCCAAGCAGGUAUAAAGGACGUGAUUUAUUUGUCAGACAAGUACCACGACAUCCCUGAAAUGACUGCCUCCAGACGGCUGCUUAACUUGGCAGGGAUCCAAUACAAGCAGUUCAAGCCCAAGCGAGACAAGAUUGUCAUCGAUUUUAAUUCUAUUAACCACUCUGGGAUGUUCAACGGAACAGGCUGAACACACUCACCUUGAGAAAGAAAGAAGAGGGAAAGAAAGAGUGGGUGCUUUGAUGUCUACUCCUCCCCUAACAACCUACCACGACUAGAGGAACUAGUA